UUGCCAAAGGGACCAAAUACGGACAUAAACACAGAUCUGGAUGCACCAGAUUUGAAUUUGAAAGCUCCAACGAUAAAGGGUGGAAUUGAUGCUCCUGACUUGGACUUACCAAACAUGGACCUCAAAGCCCCAAAGUUAGAUAUUAAUAAUCCUGAAAUCAACAUUGGCUCACCCAAGGCAAAGAUGAAGAUGCCCAAAUUGACGAUGCCUAAAUUUAACCUUCCAAGCCUGAAAGGACCUGAAAUUGAUGGAAACUUAGAUGGUCCAGACAUGGAUAUUAAUGCACCUGAUUUCAACCUCAAGGGCCCUAAAGCUGACUUAGAUGUUGACAUUGCUGGUCCAUCUGGAAAAUUCAAAAAGCCAAACUUGCACCUGCCAGAUUUUGGGUUCUCUGGUCCAAAGGUAGAUGGUCCUAAGUUGGACUUGAAAUCACCUGACCUAGAUAUCUCUGGUCCCAGUCUCAGUGGUGGAAUAAAUGCACCAGACCUAAAUAUGCCUAAAGUGGACCUCAAAAGCCCAAAGCUAGAUCUCAAUACCCCGAAGGUCAAUGUAGACAUGCCAUCUGGUAAAUUGAAAAUGCCAAAAUUUAAUCUUUCAGGCACAUUGCCAAAAGGACCAAAUAUGGACAUAAACACAGAUCUGGAUGCACCAGAUUUGAGUCUCAAAGCUCCAAAGAUAAAGGGUGGAAUUGAUGCUCCUGACUUGGGCUUACCAAACAUGGACCUUAAAGCUCCAAAGUUAGAUGUAAACACUCCAGAUGUCAACAUUGGCACACACAAAGCAAAAUUUAAAAUGCCCAAAUUGAAGAUGCCUAAAUUUAGUUUUCCAAGUCUAAAAGGACCUGGAAUUGACGGAAACUUAGAUGGCCCAGAUGUUGAUGUGAAUGUACCCAGUGUCAAUCUUAAAGGUCCUAAAGCUGAUGUAGGAAUUCCAGAUCUUGAUAUUGCCGGUCCAUCAGGAAAAUUCAAAAAGCCAAACUUAAACCUGCCUGAUUUCGGGCUCUCUGGUCCAAAGAUAGAUGGCCCUAACUUAAACCUCAAAUCACCAGACCUAGAUAUCUCAGGUCCUAACCUCAGUGGUGGAAUAAAUGCACCAGACAUAAACGUGCCCAAGGUUGACCUGAAAAGCCCCAAACUGGACCUCAAUGCCCCAAAGGUCAACUUAGACAUGCCAUCUGGCAAAAUGAAAAUGCCAAAUUUUGGAAAACCAAAGGCAGACCUUCAUGCUCCAGACUGGGAUGUUAAUGCUCCCUCUGGCAAAUUGAAAAUGCCAAAAUUUAACCUUUCAGGCACAUUGCCAAAAGGACCAAAUAUGGACCUAAACACAGAUCUGAAUUCACCAGAUUUGAGUCUCAAAGCUCCAAAGAUAAAGGGUGGAAUUGAUGCCCCUGACUUGGACUUACCAAACAUGGACCUUAAAGCUCCAAAGUUAGAUGUUAAUGCACCAGAUUUCAAUAUUGGCUCACCCAAAGCAAAGAUGAAGAUGCCCAAAUUGAAAAUGCCUAAAAUUAGUCUACCAAGCCUAAAAGGACCUGAAAUUGACGGCAAUUUCAGUGGCCCAGACAUCAAUGCGCCCAAUGUCAACCUCAAAGGGUCCAAACCUGGCUUUGAAAUGCCAGAUGUUGGUUUUGGCAGUCCUUCUGGAAAAAUGAAAAAGACACAUCUGAAAAUGCCUGAUGUGGGAUUUUCUGGUCCAAAGUUAGAUCGCCCAAACUUUGACCUCAAGUCACCAGAUUUUGAUGCUAAGUUACCAAAGGGACCAAAUUUGAACAUAAAUUCAGACCUAAAAACUCCAGAUUUGAAUCUCAAAGCUCCAAAGAUGAAAGGUGGACUUGAUGCCCCCAAGUUGGGCUUACCAAAUGUGGACCUUAAAGCUCCAAAGUUAGAUAUGAACACUCCAGAUGUCAACAUUGGUUUGCCUGAUGCAAAGUUCAAAAAGCCAAAAAUCAAGAUGCCAGAAGGUCCCAAUAUUGAUAUAAACGGAGACCUACCUGACCUGAAUUUACCAAAUGUAGAUAUUAAUGGCCCAAAUAUAGGGCGACCAGACAUGAACUUUACUGCCCCUGAGGUCAGAGGAGGAAUAAGAGGUCCAGACUUUGACAUGAAUGUCCCCUCUGGAAACAUCCAGGGUCCUCACACUGAUCUUGAUUUGGCAGACAGAAAAUUCAAACUCCCAUCUUUCAAGCUGCCUCAGUUUGAAAGCCCAGAUCUUCAGAGGACAGGGUCUGAUAUUGACUUUGGUGCAUCUCUGAGGCCAACACAUCUGGAUAUUUCUCCUCCGAAUGCAAAAGUGAAUGUAAAACCACCAGAGUUGACGAGGAUUAUCAGAAGUCCAAAGGUUAGUUCUCCAAACAUGGACCUCAGCAUGCCCAUGGCAAUGCGGAGUCCACAGCUGCAUCUCAGAUCUCCGGAUCUUGACAUUGAUGAUCCUUCACUAAAUUUCAAAAGACCUUCUUAUAAGAAGGUACAUAUAUCAGAUAUGACAGGUGUUAAUAUGAGAAUGCCUGCCAUGGACGUAGAUGGAGAUAUCAGACUUAAGCCACCUAGAACCAAAGUAAGGUCCAGCUACCCUGCGGUGGAUUCAAAUUUUGGCCACCAUAUUGAUUUCAACCGUUCAGAUCUCAACAUUGAUGAUUUCACGGGAAAGGAACAUGUACUUAGAGCCAGAGGUUCAAAACUGGACUUCCAGACAUCACAUAACUAUGGACACGUGAUCCGCCCAUCAGGUGUUAAUAUUGACAUGAGGGACCCCAGACACAUGAGAAGAAUUCCAGCUGGUGAUGCAUAUUCAAAGCAUCAGAGAACAAUGCAGCCCGUACCUAACGGACGUUUGCCACAUUUUUCUCAUGAUUCAAGAAUAAGAGUACCCAGCAGUUCAGAUGGAUACUACGUCACUGUUUUUCCCGCUCAAACCCAAAAUCAAAGGAUGCCAAAUCGUAAAUAUAACACACUUGGAGGGCUUGAUUUUAAUCCAGGAAACAUAGACCUUGAAGUUCCAUAUGGAAAUAACCGAAAAGGGUCAAAAAUCUUUCUCUCCAACCUUGUGUAGGUUUCAAAUCACUCAUGUUUCCACAAGCAGUGUCAACUGUUUCUUUUAGUCUGCUUUUUGUUGUAUUGUGACAGUUAUUGUAUAUUGUUGUAUGAUUUAUGAUUUGUAAGAAAUGUGGCCCUUAAUGCCUCAAUUAUUUUUUUUGUAUAUGAAGCCACUCCUGUAGCUUUGUAAUGAUGUAAAUUACAUUACAAUGCAGCAUCCUUGCACUUGUUUCAUAUGUAAAUUCAAACUUUUUCACAGUGUUUAUACUACAUCAUACGUAUUUGAAAAGUAGGUUUGUAUAUAUAUUAAAGUUAAACCUUCUGAUUUUGUUAUGACACUCAAGGUUUUGCCAAAGUUUUGCACAUAUUAUAUUGUGCAUUUAUUCUUUUGAAAAGCCCACCAUAUUUUAUAUUCAUUGGGAUGUAUAUAGUUGAGAUGUGUUAUAAGCAUUUUUGUUUGACAUCUUGGAGCAAUAAUAAUGAAAUAGUUGGAGAUUACUGUGCUGUAUAUAUCAACUAUAUAAACUUUGUCAGGCCAUUUUAAAGGUGACUGUGAAGCAAUUAAAAUUUGAUGUAAUGUACACACUAUAUUUUAUAUUGUUAUGAUGUUUUGUGGUUUUAUCAAGUUUAAAUCUCUAAGUGUGUGUACUCUAUUUUUAAAAUUAAAUAAA